CACCAAAUGACCCUUUAUGAGCUUUUAUUUUUCUCAGUUUGAAAAGGAUGAUAAAUGUAAAGCAGGAAGUUAUACACUGAAAACAAGUCGACUGGAGCGUUAACUUAAGGUAACAAAUCUGCGCUCGUGACUCCUGGCUGACGUCACGGCGUGCGAACGGAGUGGGGUGGUUUGCGUGGUGGAGAGGGGGGGCGUCUGGCUGCAGUCACGAAGCAGCGUGAGCGAAUUCCAGCCCACGCCCCCUCCUCUUUAUAACGGAGUGGAGGCGCCGCUAUUCCAUGCAAAGCUUCUCCAAGCUCGCGAGAAACCUGAAGAUGGAGAUGUAUCAGGCCGGAUAUUAUACAGAGGACUUCAGAACUCAGGAGGUUCCUGGCGGCUUUGACUUCAGCUCAUAUGACUACAAUGGUGAAGACCUGUCCUUUUUGUUAGACAGCAAAGGACCCAUCCAACCGCAGUAUGCCGACACGUACGGAGACCUGCAGAAGGACCACAGCAACAGCUCCAAAGUUCACUCCACUGAUACUGGCUUAUUUAGUCUAGAGUCCUUCCCCGAGUUCAACUGCUGGACAGCCUAUACCACAGUUCCUGAUGGGAUGGUGACGGAGAGACAGCAGGGGGGCUUUCACGACUCUCCCUCUCAGACUUAUCAGAACCUGCUGCCCCCCUGCCCACCAACCCAGAGCAGCCCCUUCAGCUCCUCUGUGGACCCCAGUGGCCUCUACCAGCCCCCCAAAGAGCUCAGCUGCAGAGGAACAGGUGACGCAGAGAGGAGUUACGGUUUGUACGAGUCAGACGCUCAGAGCAGACCGUCGCCCUACUGGUCAGAUUAUUCCUCUUCCAGCUACUGCAGUCCGCUCCUCGGACAGCCUCCGUCCACCUCAUCCCCCCUCCCUCCGCCUUCAGAGCCUUUCUGCCCCCGCGUGGCCAAGCGGCGCACUGCACCCUCUCAGAGACUGGAGCGCGAGGGCGAGGGGGCAGGCAUGUCCGCUUACCCAGGAUCAGGGCCCAUCCAGCUGUGGCAGUUUCUGCUGGAGCUUCUGCUGGACUCUACGUGUCACACGUUCAUCAGCUGGACAGGAGACGGCUGGGAGUUCAAGAUGUCCGACCCUGCAGAGGUGGCCAAACGGUGGGGUCAGUGCAAGAACAAGCCUAAGAUGAACUACGAGAAGCUGAGCCGCGGCCUGCGCUACUACUACCACAAGAACAUCAUCCACAAAACGGCUGGCAAGCGCUACGUCUACCGCUUCGUCUGUGAUGUGCAGGGCAUGCUGGGAAAGAGUGCGCAGGAGGUCCUGGCCAGCAUGAACAUCUCACAGUCGAGCACAGGAUCACCAAGAUCAGCAGGUACCACGAAGUCAGAGGACACAGCAGAUGUUUGGCCUCAUUAGCAAAGUCCAGCCUUCAGCGCUGUGAUGGAGGAGCUGCUCCGCUGAAGGAGCUUCCAGAGAGUCGAUUACAUCCAGGAUUCAACAGACUGUCGAACCUCCAUCUGGAUGGUCUGGAGCACCAUCAGCGCUGCUAACGACGAACUAUAUUAGCUCAGUACCUGUACAAACUGGAGCUAUAGCCUUGUGUUGACACUCUAUGCUGGUUCUGUAGUAGAGGGGAUGCUUCUAUUUAGAACCAUGAGUUCUAUAUGGAUUCAUUUCAUGCUUAAAUGGUUCUUUGCAUGGUGAAACGGUUCUUUUUUGAGCACCAAAAAUGCUGUGCUGUUGUUAUGAAAAGCACUUGAAACAAGACUUUUUUGUCACUAUAUAGAACCACAUACAACACAUUCUCCAUCAAUCUGAAGAAGCAUGUCACUAUGCAGAGAACCACUUAUGCAAAUGGUCCUACAUAGAACUCAUGGUUCCAAAUAGAACCAUUCUCUUUCCUAAAGAACCCUUGAAGAACCAUCUUUUGUGAGAGUGUAUAUGGACAUAAACGACAUGCUCUAAAUAAUCAAUGCAAUUCCAAAUAUUUUAACUUGUUUUUUAUCAGCUACCUCUUUUUUAAUUUGGUGUUCCAGCAUCAGAUUGUGUUUUAUUGUAAAUAAAUCAUUUUGUCUAUGA